ACAUAGUUAAGUACCAAAAAAAAAAAAAAAAUAAAAUAAAACCCCUUGCUAGAAUUCGCUAUAAAAUUGGCCAAGAGAAUUAAAAAAAGAGACAUUCAUUCAAAAAUGGAGGACAGAAAAUCAUCAAGAUCCGAAUCGAAAUCGCGUACAUCAUCGAGCAAAUCAUCCAAAUUAUAUUCUAGCAAGUAUGGCGAACGUAGCAAUAGCCGUGAAAGUUCUAUGGCCAUGCAAAAAUAUAACCCCAAUAUGCGUUUCAUACGCAAAAGUGUGGAAACGCCCGCACGCAAUGUUACCACAAACUAUUUGGAAUUGGAAACAGAGUUUCCUCGAGAUUACGAUGACAACAUUGAAAUGUUAUCGCGUGAAGCUGAACAUUUGGAGGAACAGUUUCGUACACCCACACGUACCAGCAAUACAGAUUUAACGGGUGUUGAAAUUAUAAGGCCAGUGACACCAACACCGACGCGUAUUGUCAGACCAGAGGGUGUUGAAUUGAAACUACGAGAAUCUCCCAGUACACCGGAAAAAGAAUCGAAAUCAACGCGCGGUGUAAAACACUCGAAACGUGUAGGGUUUAAGGUUGAAGAGAAGCUGGAGGAACAAGUUGCUGAAUGUAGUGUAGUGGCAAAAGGUACCUCGAAAUUGUCACGUGUUGAAGAUGGUGGCGCCAAAGAUGUGGGCCCGGAGGAGCGAGAAAAACAAAAAUCGAAGGAAAAAUCCCAAGAUGAGCAACAACAAACCAAGGAAAAGGAAGGGGGAGUAGAAGAAGAAGAAAAGGGGCAAGAGCUAAAAUCGGAAACAUCCACUACCACAACAGAUGGACCCUCAGAGACCACAGUCGCUGAUGCUGAAAGUCCCCAAACAGAUUCACAGAAAAAUAAUCUACAAAUACCAAAAAUAGCCACAACAACAACAACAUCGUCAAGUGCUCCCGCUACCCCUGUGCCGGUCUCAACAUCAACCACAUCCACAAUUUCAACAAAGGAUGAUGACGAUGAGCCGGUGGCCAUGUCACCUUGUGGUCGUUUCUUUAAAUACGACAAAGAAGUGGGUCGUGGAAGUUUCAAGACAGUCUACCGUGGCCUGGACACUGAGACUGGUGUGGCUGUGGCCUGGUGUGAAUUGCUCGACAAACAGGUGAAGAAAAGCGAAAGGAAACGUUUUCGCGAAGAGGCCGAUAUGUUGAAGAAGCUACAACACCCCAAUAUCGUACGUUUCUAUACCUAUUGGGAGUUUAGUGUUGCCCGCAAGAAAAAUAUCGUUUUGGUCACAGAGCUAAUGCUUUCUGGCACCCUGAAGUCCUAUUUGAAACGUUUCAAGAAAAUCAAUCCCAAAGUCUUGAAGUCAUGGUGUCGUCAAAUACUCAAGGGUCUGCAUUUUCUGCAUACCCGACCCCUGCCCAUUAUACAUCGUGACUUGAAGUGUGACAACAUUUUCAUAACCGGCACCACGGGCAGUGUAAAAAUCGGUGAUCUGGGUCUGGCCACUUUGAAGAAUCGUUCACAUGCCAAAUCGGUAAUUGGCACGCCGGAAUUUAUGGCACCCGAAAUGUAUGAGGAACAUUAUGACGAAUCAGUGGAUGUGUAUGCCUUUGGCAUGUGCAUGUUGGAAAUGGCUGUCUCCGAAUAUCCCUAUAGUGAGUGUAAGGGUCCGGCCCAGAUUUAUAAGAAGGUUAUAUCCGGUAUCAAACCGGCGGCCUUAACCAAGGUGGAAGAUCCCAAGGUAAGGGAGAUUAUUGAGAAGUGCAUAGAACUCAAAAAGGAGGAUCGUCCGAAAUGCAAGGAUCUGCUAAAUUCUGAGUUUUUUGAAGAGGACAUUGGCAUUCGAGUGGAACCCACCUCCACUGAGGCCUUUUUAGAAAAUCCCAACAAUAAUGUCAUCGAAUUUCGUCUACGGUUCCUAGAUCCGAAAAAACGCUCCUCGAAACACAAAGAAAACGAGGCCAUACAAUUCGAAUACGAUGUGGUCAACGACGAUUGUGAACGUGUCUGUGAUGAUAUGAUGCAGGAGAACCUGAUUACUGAAGAAGAUGCCCGAGCCAUUGUGCGUUUAUUGAAGGUGCAAGUAUUUUCGCUGCUCAAAGAACGGGUCCAACGUCAAACUCAGUUCCAGUUGCAAAAUGAAAAAUCCCGUUUGGAGAAAAUUGCUCUGCAGAAACAACGUGAAAUGUUGCCGGAAAAUGUGGAAGAAGAAGAGGAAGAAGAUGAAGUGGACUCGGAGGAAGAUGAGGAUGGCACCAAGGCUAGUCAAAAGCAAUCGAAUCAUAUGCAUACGGGAACGGGAACGUCACAGCUUAUUGGGGAUCAACAGCAACCUCAGUUGCCACUGAAUGAUCCAAACCGACCUCAAACUUAUUUACAAUUCCAAUCGACACCCAUAUCUUCGUCUGGGUCACAGGAGGAUCAGAUAACAUCACCCACCACAAAUACGGCACCCACAACACAGCCGCAAUUUUAUAAUUCUAGUCAAAUUUCAUUGGCCAAUUCUUUAAAUGCCAUAUUACAACCGGCCAGUCAGCCGGGUCAGAGCUAUUCCCAACCACAGGUACAACAACAACAAAUGACCUUUACAGCUGCUGGACAAAGCAAUGCGGCUGAAAUGGUGGUUCAACAAAACCAGCAACCAUCACAAAUGGAUUUUGUGACACAACAACAGCAACAACAACAACCACAGGUGACUCAACAGCAGCCAUCACAAGCUCAAGUGGAAUAUUUAAGCCAACAAAGUGCACAGUUGGUGCAACAACAACCACAAGGACAAAUUGAAUACGUCACUCAACAGCAACCCCAACAGGGGCAGUUGGAAUUUAUAACCCAACCACAACAGCAACAACAAAUUGAAUAUAUGACACAGCAACAACAACAACAACCCACAAUAGAAUAUGUCCCCCAACCAACGCCUCCAGUGCAAAUGCAGCAAACCCAGCCGGAGUUUAUACCCCAACAACAGCAACAAACUCCUCCCAUACAAACACAACAAACCCAACCCGAGUUUGUAUCUCAACAGCAACAAACUCCACCCAUACAAACACAUCAAACCCAACCGGAGUUUGUGUCACAACAUCAAACUCCCCCGAUACAGGCACAUCAAACCCAACCUGAUUUUCUCCACCCACAACAACAACAACCACAAGCUAUACAACAACAAAAUCAAAUUAACCGGGAAUAUGUUGCCCCGCAACAGCCACAGCAAACUCAAGUGGAAUUUAUUCCACAGGUUGAGUUUAUAGCCCAACAAGCUCCAACAAUGCAACAAGUUCAGGUUCAACAGCAACAUCAAACGCCGAUUGAAUAUGUAGCUCAGCAGCAACAGCAGCCACAGCAUACAACACCACCAGCUCAGACCCAACAAGUUGCACAGCCUGAGUUCGUUUCGAACCAACAGACAACACAACAUGUUGGUCAAACUGAGUUCAUUAGCAAUCAAACUGUCUCGCAACAAAAUCAAAUGGUUAGCCAGCCGCAAUCGCAACAAAAUACUUACAUCGCUCAAACCCAACUUGAAUUCAUACCACAACAACAGCAGCAGCAACAACAACAACAGCCCCAAAUACAACAUGAUUUUGUUGCUAUCCAAACUCCACCGGCCCAGCAGACGCCACAGCAACAAGUCCAGCCUGAUUUUCAAACACCUAGCCAGCAGGCAAGCCAACUUGGUCAAGUGGAAUAUAUGAGUCAACAAAGCCAGGUUCCACAGCAGCAACAGCAACAACAACAAUCUCAAAUGCCUCAAGUGGAGUAUGUAAGCCAACAACAGCAACAACAACUCCCUCCACAAAUGGAAUAUAUAACGCAGCAAAGUCCAGCUCCGCAGCCACAGCAACAACAAACACCACAGGUUACCCAGCUGGAAUAUAUAACCCAGCAAAGUCCUGUCCCUCAACAACAACAACAUGCUACCCAAAUGGAAUAUAUAAGCCAACAAAGUCCUGCAACACAGCAGCAAUCACAACUUUCCCAACAGGUGGAAUACAUAACCCAGCAAACUCCGGCGUCACAGAUCUCUCAAGUGGAAUAUGUUGGCCAGCAAACUCAAGCUUCACAGCAGCAACAACAACAACAGGUUCAACAAACAUUGCCUACCCAAAUCGAUUUCAGUGGUCAACAGGCACUGCCAACAGCCCAGCAACAACCGCAAUUGGAAUAUGUCCAACAAAAUCAAACACAAUCCAUGCAAAUGGGAGUUACACCUGCUCCGACCACCUCUGCGGGACAAUUUAUUAUGAAUGGCCAAACGCAAUACAUCCCAUAUGACUCACAGCAACAACAACAACAAUCGCCAGCCCAACAACAGCAACAGCAAAUAUUUCAACAACAAAAUAUUCAAUCCUCUCAAAACCUCCCAGAGACCUCUGUUGUUGACUCUCCGGUUUCGGGUGGCCAGCCACCACAGACAACAUUUACAGAGGCCAUAAACAAUGGAAUGCCAGCCCUCAAUGUAACCAACUCAACGGAUUCCAAAUUGAAUGCAAUUUCCAAUGGUGUUUUGGAAAAUCAAGAAACUCUUAACAACUCCACCACCACCGCGGGUCAGGUGACCAAUAGCCAAUACAAUGAAGUUGCCACCCAAGCACUUCCCCCCAACACCAUUGCCCCCGAAUCGUCGACAAACAGUUAUCAAGAGAAUGCCAACAAUUCGGAUUCCACAUCCCGUAAGACCAGUACCGCUUCGGAAUACACCACAAUCACAUCGGAUUACUCACCGGAAAACACCAUUACCCCCAAUUCGGUGUUUCCACCACGCUCACAGUAUGUCGAUUUCCUGCAAAAUGAAUAUCCCAAUGUGAAUAUCAUCAAGGACUCGUUGCAGGACAUUAAAAAGGAGGAUUUGGGCAAUAUCAGCAGUGAUGAGUGUACCACAGAAAAUUCCUCACCGCCCUAUGAUUUCAGGGGUUCCAUACCGAACAAUUCAAAUACCCCGGAAAAUAGUAUGGCAGUGCGUAAAAUUUCCCGGUUCUUUGUAAAUCCGGUGGUCUUGCCGAACACCAAUGCCGCAGAGGAUAGUAAUUCGUUGGGGGAGUCGAAGGGUACAACACAAAUUGAACAGCAGCAGCAGAGUGGUUCCAAGGCUGGUACAGGUUCCGCAACGGCUUCUGUGCCUCUCUAUGUCACUCCAUCGGGAGAGGAGGCAAGUAAUGCUGUCAUGGCUGCCACCAAUGGUAAUACGAAUCAUUCGUUGGAACAAUUGAAAAUUGAGUUGGAAAAUAUAACCCAUGCCCAGGCCUUUGCCUCGGCCAUUGUGGCUUCAAUCAACAAUGAACAUCAGCAGCAACAACAACCACCACAGCAGCAGCAAUUGGCACCACUGCUACAACAACAACAGCUACAUGUGCAGGGAGAUGAUGAUACGCCCACGGGCCCGCUCAGCUCCACACGUAGCUCUUCCACUUUCAAUUCCAGGCGUACCUCUUUGGACAACAGUGGCUGCAAUGACAUACAGAAUACAAUGCCCAUAUUACAGCAGCAACAACAACCAUCUCAGCUCUUGCCCCAACAACAGCAACAACAAUUUUCAGAAUUCCCCUUACAAACUGCCGGUGUUGAGCCCAUUGUCAAUAUUUUCGAACACAUGGAGCUGCAUCAAAAACUCUCCAAACAAAAUAGUUUGGAGACACCCCAACUACCACCCCUCUCCGGUGGCAGUGUUGACUCCACCAUUACCACCAACACCAAUACCCAACGGGUGUGUGGUCUAAGCCAAACUAGUAUUGCAGAUUUAGAGAAAAAAUUGGCUGCCCUAAGGAAUGUUGAGAUGACCGAUGAGGUCUUUCACGAACAGCAGAGAACUGAACAGGAGCUGAAUGCCCGCAAGGUAUCGCGUUUUUGUGUAAGCCGGGUACAAGAGCAGCAAGCUGCCGAACAGCAGCAAUUACAACAACAACAACAACAGCUAUUACAAGAACAACAGGAUACCACACCCACACAGGAACAGCCAUUUGUGGUGCCGGUCACAGUGGCCAUUCUAAGGCCCACAAUUGAUUUACAGGCCGCCAAUAGUACAGCCAAUAAUAGCUAUAAUACACCCACGGAGCUGUUAUCGCCCUCAUCGCUAAACUAUCAGCCUUUGGGCUCGACAGUGGGAAUACAAAAACCAGCCACGGCAGGGGCUGCCGCCGCUGUUGUUGUGCCUUUGCAUGCCCCCACUGCGGCUCCAGUCUAUAACAUGGAACCGGCGGCCCAGUUGCAGCAACAAUUGCAACAGCAGAUACAACAACAAAUACAGCGAUCCAAUGCCAUACAAGCUGAUUUGCAGCUACAACAACAACAAUUGCAACAACAACAACAGCAGCAGCAACAAUUGUUCAAUCAAACAAUGGCCAAUGUUGUCAGUCAACAAACGACGGCGGCAGGUCAAACAAAUCAACAGUCCCAACAACAGCAGCAGCAGCAAUCCCAACUCCAACAACAGCCGCAGCAGCAACAACAACAACAACAGUUAGCCCCAACCACACAAAUACCUUUGCCAUUUGUUACACCCAUUCAGCAACAACCAACAGCUCUUCAUCCCUAUCCCUAUAUACCACAAGAUCUGGUCGAAUCGGCCGGGCGCCUAGCCCUGGCCCAGGAAGAACCCAUGUCACUGGCCGCCACUCAUCCCAAUCUCUUGCCCACGGUUAUACAAUCGGAUAUCAAACACAACCUCGAUUCACUGGUCAGUCAAUUGUGCAGCACCCGUUUGGGAGCGACACAACAUCAACGCCUACUCUUGCUACGUCAACGGCAACUUAUCGAAGAGGAUGAACUGCGUCUGAAACACUAUGUGGAAUAUGAAAAAUUCCAAAAGGCCAUGCGUCAGACGCCCUCCAUCGAUAUGGUGCACACUCAACAGCCCAUGCUCUAUAUACAGCCAACGACCAUAAAUCAGCAAGGUUAUAUAAAUCUAACCAGUGGUUUCAUGCCUUCGCCUUUUGGACCAGGUGCGGGCGGCAUCGGUGGUUCGGGCGGACAUGGAUAUCCGCAUCAUUUUCAGCAACAACAUUCAAUGUUUAAUACCAAUGUUCAGACGACGGCUGCAAUGUCGGGUUAUGCCGUAAUGUUAAAUCCACAAUUGGCCAUGCAACAGCAGCAACAACAACAACAACAGCAGCAGCAGCAGCAACCACAAAGCUUGCCCUCACAAUAUACCAUUGUAACAAAUAUGGCUGCUGCGGGAGUGCAACAGCAGCAGCCGCAACUGGCCCUGCAACAUCAGCCCCAGCCACAAAUGGGUAAACAGCAGCAGCAACAAACCACACUUGGCCCAGCCGCUGGCGUCCAAUCGCAAUUUCCCCAAUCCCUGGCAUUUGGACAAGACUAGGAACGGCUUAAACAAGAUGUUAAUGUGGAUGUAUGUGGCUUACCAUUCUUUUGCUGGAAAGGCAAUUGGAAUCGAAAUCAAAUGUAAAUCUCUUUGAAGAAAUCACCCACGUGGAAUGAAAGCAGAUGAGACAUUGCCUAAGUCCCUGAUAAAAUCAGAUGCCCAUGGCUAUAACAGAAAAAAAAGCUGAAUGAAUAUGAAACGUUUAAAACAUCCCAUUAACCUCUUGUUUUGUUGGAUUUGAAUACCCGAAGAAAUUACACACACCUACAAACAUACAUACAUAUAUAUGUAGUACAACUCGUAUUUGAACGUAAAUCCCUUAAACUUCCACACGAACUACCUGCGAUCGCAUAGAAAAAAGGUAAUCUAUAUUCAAAUAUAAUACGAUUCACAUUUCAAAAAAAAAAAAACGUCAUAAACAUUAUAGGAUAGCAAAAUCACCAUUAUUGUUUUAGGCUUAGAUGAAAGCGGGGAGAUAUUGACUGAAAAUAAGGUUGAAAUGUUGUUGAAAUGGGAAUACUUUCCAGGCAAGAAUUUUUCAGCAAUUUUUUUUUUCGUGGAGAGUGAGAUAAACACAUAGAAGCUGAUUUUUCAAAACCAGAGCACAGAUUUGCUCGUUUUUGCUUGGGAGUGAAACUUGCUCGUGAACGGGAGUGCUUGAAGAGUACGAGUUUCAUAAAAAAGUUUAUAAAUAGAUAUACAACAACGUUAUAAUAAAAACAAGUAAGCAAAGGCUACAGUCGAGCGGGGCCGACCGUUGA